CGUGAGCAGAGACACCUACGAAAGUGAAUUUGACAAGUCAACUUGUUGAGGCAAGAUCUCUGGGUGGAAUUCUGGCAGAAGCAGUAACGACAGGAUCAGCACGCAUGACACUUUAAAUGCUGUUGACUUCAAGGCAGACUAUUAACAAUUAAAGGGGGAGGCAGUAUAUACAAUAACAAAUGCAGACAGAUUAUACUGUGGUGCUGCAUAACUGAGCUGGAUGGCAGCUCCUCCGUUACAUCCACCAUGUGCUGCUCCAGGACUGCUGCUGCUGCUGCUGCUGAUAGGAGCAACUCUCACCCACCUGCCUCAAGUAAGCGCAAGACCGAUAGCCUUUUGGUGUAACACUGACGCUAGACAGCACCUGAUGAUGAAUUUCAAACUUGAGGGUAACUGCUCUGACACCCUGCUCUCUACUGUUGAUGUGCCAAGAGUGGGGGUAAAUUCGGCAGAAUAUAAAAAUUACACAUUACAGGAAACACUGUCUGAAGUGCUGCAGAACUUCCAGGCAUUCCAAAAAACUGUCAAACAUCUUAGUAAUCAAACCGGCGUGGAGUGUGAGGACUUUCUGAAGAGAUUUAAUUACAGUAUUAAGCAUUAUGUGAUGAUUCUCAAACAUCACCCACAGAAAAACGGCCCUUUGCCUACUCCAGCUUUACCUCAAAAAUGGGAUGGAACACAGAAACUUAGUGUAAUCUGGAAGAUAUACAACAGGCUAGUCACAAAGAAGCUGGAAGCUGUUGCUUUGAAAACUGAGUGCAGUCAUAACAAGAAAAGGAGUGUAAGGCAACUUUAACCAAAAGGACCCUAAUUGUAUAACUGUGUUACCUCGGACCAGAUUCGACACAAAGUUGAAGCCAGAGGAUGCGUCAUGGUGACAAAGAUGCAAAAGCACUUGGAAUGGACCUAUAGGACUCAAUCUCCAGUCAAGGAUGAAGAAGCACAAACCAAUAUAGCAGAACUGAAUCGUAGGGUGCACAAUGAGGACAUACAUAUUUAUUGGGACGUCAGAUGCUCUUCUAUGGAUUCCUGUUUCACAGCACUGGUUUCUACAUUUGGGAUUGAGGGUUCUGGUGUUUUGGAGCCACAAUGACUUGCUGUACGUCAUUAAUAUGUGACAAACUUCCAUUUGGCAGCAACUACAAAUCCUGAAUGUAUCCUGAAUAAUCUUGGAAAUGCAAUUUCAGGAUUUAUUUUAUAUAAUACCAUGCUAAUAUUUGCAACAGAGCAAAUGAGGGACACAGAC